AGUAUGGGGGAAUUCAACAGUUCUGUCUUUUAGCUGAAAAGAAGAAGAAAAGGAAAAAAAAUUAUGGUGGAUGAGGGAACUGUGUCAAAUCAAUCGGAAACGUUGCCGGUGCAUCCGGCAGUAAAACCUAUAUCAUUUCUGCUUGGGAUUUGGAGAGGUGAAGGAGAGGGAUUUUUCCCAACUAUUUCCUCCUUCAAUUAUUCCGAAGAGCUCCAAUUUUCACACUCUCCCAACAAGCCUGUGAUAGCUUAUUCUCAAAAGACAUGGAACUUGAAAUCUGGACAACCUAUGCAUUCUGAGAGUGGAUAUUGGAGACCUAAACUCGACGGAACUAUUGAAGUCGUCAUUGCUCAGAGCACUGGUCUUGUUGAAGUCCAGAAAGGAACAUAUGACAUGGAAGAGGGAGUUGUGAAGCUUAGCAGCGAACUGGUUGGCAAUGCUUCCAAGGUCAAGGAGAUUACUCGAGUUUUUAAAGUGGAGAAUUGUAAACUAUCGUAUGUCGUGGAAAUGGCUACAAGUCUAAUUGGUCUUCAGCCCCAUCUCAGAGCCUCUCUUAAGAAGCUCUAGGCAGGCAGCUCAUGACAAGAGAUAGCAGUAUCUAUACUAUAACCCUGAUGCUUUUGUUCACUGGUCUUUGUGUUUAUUGACAUUUUAUUGUUUGAUAACCGUAUUGACAUUUUAUCUUGUCCUGCCACAAGUAUGGUAUCGAAUGUUAAUUUCAAGAUAAAGCUCUAUUCCAUCUGUAAUAAUACAGGCCUUCUGUUGUCUUUUUUUCAA